AUGGUCAAGAAGUACAGCGUGACCUAUGAUGCCAAAGCGGCAUAUAGCCAGGACGGACCUAUUCACGCCAGCUAUGAGCCUUAUCAAUUUCCCAAGCAGAAAGUUCAGAGGGAGCAUGCGGAUGGCCAGGCCUACGACCUAAUCUGGGUGCCCAACUCCAUCAACUUUGCCACUCAGCGACGCUCCUCUGCAAAGACUGAGCACCUCGAAGCCCCAGGAGCUGCAGGGUCUCGUUCCAACUUCCAUCUUCUUCCCAGCCACCGCGUCACCCAAGUACUCAUGCAAGAGCGGCACAAAGGAGACGAGAGGACAUGGAAGGCGACGGGAGUCAAGAUCACGGCACGUGGUGCUACUCCGAAAACAGACUGCUAUCCGACCAACUUCUGGAACAUCACUGCCACGCGUGAGGUUGUCGUCUCCGCUGGAACCCUACACACGCCUCAGGUCCUUGAACGAAGUGGUAUUGGUGCCAAAGACAUUCUCUACGCCGCUGGUGUCCCGGUCCGUGUCAACUUGCCCGGCGUGGGCUGGAACCUCCAAGAUCACAUGAACUUUAACAUGCAGUGGAAGUACAACAAGCGGGUCUUCCCUAUGCCGGAGGACCUACAGAAGAAUGCAACAUUCGCUGCUGAAGCACUGGCCGAAUGGAACGCAAACAAGAGUGGUCCAUAUACCGUUCGUUACAACAAUGGAGCCUUUCUCUCGCUAGCCGUUGUCACCGAAAAGGCCGACGCGAUUGUUGCCGAGAUCCUUGGUCAGGAUGUGGAGCCUAUUCUCCCUCUUCAUCUCGAUCCUACGCUUGUCGCUGGAGUGAAGGAGAUGUACAAGGUCAUCGCCAAGCAAUACGCUUCUGGCGAGUCUGCCGUUGUCGAAAUCCCGCUUGGCACCGCCGAUGUGAACCGUAUUGUGUCCCUCAAGGUUCUGAGCCGCGGGAGCAUCCAUAUUGGUCCUCGUGACGACGGCUUCACUCAGGGCGACGAAGAGCCCAUCCUGGAUUACCUCACCUUCAGCAACCCGAUCGACAAGGGGGUUGUCAUAGAGAUCAUCAAAAGAAGUAUUGCCGGGGCCUCGGUGAAGACUGACAAGGAGAUUGGGGAUUGGUUUCUCGACAACAUCAGUCCUGGUCGUGCCCACCCCGUCGGAACUGCUCGUAUUGGCCCUCGUGAGCUGGGUGGUGUCCUGCGUCCAGAUCUAACUGUUUACGACACCUAUGGGCUCAGUGUGGCAGACAAUUCUGUCAUACCCAUCAUUGCCUCUGCGCACACUGCAACGAGCGCGUAUGCCAUUGGAGAAAAGGCUGCUGACCUGCGCUGA